GCCGGAGCGCUCUGCUUGUCUCCUCGCUCGUGGGGCAGCAGCCGGUAGCAGCGGGCAGCGACGCAGCCGGCCCCUUCGCCCCGACCAAAGGGACGCACUCAGUAAACACAAAAGUGAGAGCCACCCAAGGGGCAGCCAAAGAAGGAGAGCGAGAGAGAAGGGAAGAAAGAAAAGAAAGGGCGAAAAACAGCCCAGAAAAAAAAAAAAAAAGAAAAAAGAAAAAGGAGAGGAAAAGAAAGCGCUCGCUCGCUCUUUCUCUAGAAUAACAGAAUACCUGAUCGUAACAAAAUAACAUCCUUCAGACAAAAUCCAGCAGGGACUUGACAUACCAAAAAGGCAAGGCGAGGAGAACGUGCCAGGGCGCGGGGAAGGCAAGCCAAAGCCGCGAUCGCUGCCAGGGCAGGAGAGCAGCAUGUCAAGCGCCGGGGCACACACGGAUGAGCGCUGCCGGCAGCCCGCCUUCCUACCCGGCCCGCCGCCGCCGCAAGAAGUUGAGAGCAGCAGCGGCAGUGCCAAGGUGCCGAGGAUGUGCGCGGCGAGGCGGAUGCUGCUGCUGCUCCUGGCGUUCCUGGCCUACGCGCUGGACUCGGCCGCCGCCUACGGCACGGCGGAGACCCUGUGCGGCGGGGAGCUGGUGGACACGCUGCAGUUCGUCUGCGGGGAUAGGGGCUUCUACUUCAGUAGGCCAGUGGGACGAAAUAACCGGCGGAUCAACCGGGGCAUCGUGGAGGAGUGCUGCUUUCGGAGCUGCGACCUGGCUCUGCUGGAAACGUACUGCGCCAAAUCCGUCAAGUCGGAGCGUGACCUCUCUGCCACCUCCCUGGCGGGCCUGCCGGCACUCAGCAAGGAGAGCUUCCAGAAGCCCUCGCAUGGCAAGUACUCCAAGUACGACGUGUGGCAGAAGAAGAGCUCCCAGCGGCGGCAGCGGGACGCGCCCAACAUCCUGCGGGCUCGCCAGUACCGGUGGCAGGCGGAGGGGCUGCAAGCGGCCGAGGAAGCCAAGGCGCUGCACCGUCCCCUCAUCUCCCUGCCCAGCCAGAGGCCCCCAGCGGCGCGAGCCUCCCCGGAAACGGCUGGCCCCCAGAAAUGAACCCUGACCAGCUGUCUCGAUUUUUGAUCUCCUGGGGGAGGGCGGGAGGACUGGCGAUUCCCGACCCCCAAGCCCCUCCGUCCCCAGGGCCGCUGAGCCGAGGAGCGGGGUGGCGGGGCACCCUCACGCCGCUCCGGCCCCAACCAAACAACUGACACAGCAAGGAGGGGAUGGCGGCGGCAGUGGCGAGUGGCACCGCUCCCACGGCAUCUUCCUUUUGGGGUGGGGGGGAGGGUUGUUUCGUUUCCCACACCUGUUUCAUUUCCCCGCGCCCCCGGUAUUUCCAAACCUGUACUUGCGGAGGGACAGUUUGGCACUUGAACUUUUUGCUGCUGGGUGCUGCGUGACAUCCCCAGUGCCAACGCCAGAAGACAAAAGAAAGAGCAAGAGGAAAAAAGGAUAUGAAGUUAAAUCCUUUUUUUUAAUCUUUUUUUUCUCGAGAAGCGUCCAUUCCAUGUCUUUCUUGACUAUAAAGUGAAAAAAAAACAAUAGAACGGGGAGAAACAUUGAGGGAUAAAAAUUUUUUGCCUCAUUCCCACCCCACUUUUUUUCUUCUUUUUUUUUUUUUUUUGUGUGUUUUUCUUUUGUUUUUUCUUAUUUUUAUAACUUUCUUUUGCACCUUUAAAAGAAAAACGUACCUGAGAAGAAGUUCUGAGGAGCCCCCAUCUGCGUUUUUGUGUGUGUGCUUCAUUACAAGAUUCCAAAUCGACUUGCACCUUUUUUGAAAUCACCGAUGACGGGAGAAAGAGAGGAAGAGGAGAGAGAAAGCAAGAAAGAGAGAAGGAAAAGGAAAGGGGAAAGAAGAAAAAAAGAAAAAAAGUGAGCUGAUGCUCACUUUAAAUGGAGGAGGCGUCUGCAUUGCACAUUUGCCACGGAUUUAGUUGAUUUAUAUAUAUAAUAUAUUAUAUAACUUUUUUGGCAAAAAAGCACUAUUUUUAUGGGACAUUUUGUGUAGUAUCUGAAGAGGGAUUGUAAUGUUUAAAAUGUGUUAUGGUGCUAAAGUAAGUUGGAAGGGAAAAAACCCAGAAAUAGCAAGGGAGGGUGGGGAGGGAAGGACAAGAUAGCGAAUACUGAACUUGAAAUUUUAGCUUUUCGUUUUAGGAAAAGUGUGAUAAAUGUGUUUCUUUUCUCUUCUGAAAUAUAGCUUGGUCAUGACCAUAUGAGCUAGUUGGCUGUUACUCAUGUACACAGAUGCACGCACACACAGAAUACAUCGACACGCAUCCUUUUUUUUUUUUGUUUAAAGAAACAAAAACAACACAACCACCGCAACUUAGACUAAAAGGGAACUGUUCUGGGGACAAACUAUUUUGAACGGUGAAGGUGUUGCCAGUUAGAACUCAAAGCCCUGCUUCUGCACGGAGCCCCUGGCCAUGGAGACCCCCUGGACCCUCUGGAGCUUGGCUUCCCGAGCCAAGGGGAACCUUGCCUUUCCCUGUCCUUGCUGGAGUGCCGAUGGUCCAGCGAGCGGGCGGGCAGGCAGCCCUCGCACCGAGCCCCUGCAGAAGCAGCAGUUCCACGCCCUGCCAUCUCCUUUUCCUUCUCUUGCCUUUUGCGUCCUUCUGGCCGGACCCUGGCGUCCCUGCCCUGCUCCCCUCGCUGCCCUGCGGGGCUGUGCAGGAGGAAGGGCCACAACUGUGCUGGGGUGGCCGGGGCUGGGGCUGCUGCACGGGAUGGGGGAAAGGCCAGGCUCUGCCUCGGGACUCAGUGAGCGGAUGGGUUUGAGAGGUGGGCAGAGGGCUGUAAAAUAGGUUGGGUUUAAAAUAAUAUAUAUUAUCUGUCUAGAAACCGUAAAAGGGGGGGGAAUCAAUUACAUCUCCCUAAUAUACUCUCACUUGCUAAUAAAAUGGGGACACUCUGUUAACCAGUUCUGUACUUGCUUUGUCUUAUAUAUCCAUACAUUUAAAACAUAAAAAAAAAAAGACUACUUGAAUUGUAUUCUAUUUCGUGGUUUGGAGGGGAGGGCUAGGGGAGUCUUGAGAGGGGGAGGAUUUUAAUGUAUAAUCCUUUUGUUUGUUAUUACCUUGCAAUGUUGAGCCAUGAAGCCUUUGUUUAAAAAAAUGGCACUGCAAUACACGACAAAGAAAAUCCUUUAUUUAUUUUAUUAAAUAUAUAUGGAAAAGAAUGAAAAUCAGUCCAAAUUAGGGAGGGGGAAAGGGAAGUGGGUGGGGUGGGAAGGCAGAAUAAAAACAGAGAAAUUGCAAAUAAUUGACUUUUUUUUUUUUCCUUUUCAUGUGUCUUUUUUUAAAAAAACUUAGUUUUUAUUUUUUAAAAAGAGAAGUAAAAGCUUUCCUGGAUGCUUUGUACCAAAAAAGAAAAAAAAUUAAAAAAAAAAAAAAAGAAAACCUGUUAAGCAAAUAAAUAUCCAUCCAGAAUAUGAA